UGGAGCUGCGAUGACGCAUACGUCGUCUGCGAAAUAGGCGAAUUUUGUUGGAAAUCGGAUUCAUCGGAUUGUAAUGCGAUUACGUUGUUUUACCGUAAAAUAAGUGUAAAAUUUGGGAAACCCUUAAGAACUCUAGAUCUUAGUUAAAUAUAGUAGCUCACGAUGAGUUUUCUAGGCAAAAUAUUCGGUGGGAAGAAGGAGGAAAAAGGGCCAACUACGCACGAAGCUAUCCAAAAAUUACGUGAAACUGAGGAGUUGUUGAUAAAGAAACAAGAGUUUUUAGAGAGGAAAAUAGAAACUGAGAUACAGACUGCUAGGAAAAAUGGAACGAAGAACAAAAGAGCUGCAAUUGCCGCCCUAAAACGCAAGAAGCGCUAUGAAAAGCAGCUCACCCAGAUUGAUGGCACUCUUACACAGAUAGAAGCACAGAGGGAGGCCCUGGAGGGAGCCACCACUAACGCACAGGUCCUCAACACGAUGAAGGAUGCUGCUAAUGCGAUGAAACUCGCUCACAAGGAUAUCGACGUAGACAAAGUCCACGACAUAAUGGACGACAUAGCGGAGCAGCACGACAUAUCGCGGGAGAUCACGGACGCGAUCAGCAACAACGUGGCCUUCCCCAACGACAUCGACGAGGACGAGCUGGAGAAGGAGCUGGAGCAGCUGGAACAGGAGGAUCUGGACAAGGAGAUGCUGGGCAUCAGCGUGCCCACCGACACGCUGCCCGACGUGCCCAGCGCCGAGCUCGUGCGCGACAAGCCCAAGCCCAGCAAGUCCAAGAAGGAAGAGGACGACGAAGACUUCAAGAUGCUGCAAUCCUGGGCGACAUAAGUGCAUACGACGGACCCUCAUACGUGAUGUUGUGUGUUUGUGAUAAUACGUCAGUGCCCUGAGUGUACGCCAACGGAAUAAUAUUGUUGUC